AUGGACGCCCCGAAAGUGACAAAGUACGACUCGUCGACGAUCGACAACCCGGACCGCGCGCGCGAGCUUGUCAAGAUCAUCGCGGACCAGGAACAGUCCCUCCGAUUCGACAAGUUUGACUAUGACGUCGCGUGGAAGAUUGGCACGACCAUCCGCGAGGGCUUCCUCGAGUCCAAGUUUGCAAAGGAGGGAAGCGGCGUCGUGAUCGCGAUCGAGCUCUUCAACGAUCACAGCCUGUUCCGGUGCACGGUAGGGAAUGCGCCCGCCGUCGGCCCCGACAACUGUCUUGCAGAACAUCUGAAUGCUGUUUUGGCAGCCCUUGCGGUCGAGCCGCUCACAGAAGUCUCUGCAAUCGUUAUGGUUAAAGUCGCCGUAGCUAACGUCAGGCUCUGGGUCCGCGGCAAGCUCGCUGUCGUUCGCCGGUUCGGCAUCUCCUCGCUCCGGAAGGGCCGUGAGCUCGCGUCCAAGUCAAAGAAGCCGGAGCAGGCUGGCCUUGCCUUCCCCGAAUAUGCGUGUCACGGUGGUGCGUUCCCGAUCUGGAUCAAGUCGAGACUGGACCGAUCGGCGCGAUUUGUGUCUCCGGUCUGCCGCAGCUGCACGACCACCAGCUUAUCGUAUCAACGGCCGGCUACUGACGGUAACCCUGGGACAUGCUCAGCACUGAUCACUUACCCUCCUGCCAACAUCGACCCCUUGAGCACGAAACUCCUAAUCCAGCAUCACAAUGCCAAGCAGCCUGGCACGCAGUUCUUGGCAUAUCAGAUGGUCCGUUCGAUGCCCACUUCCGACGUGGCUCCGCAUCCACCCUCGACAGCCCCAGACUGCUCACCCAAGAGUCACUCCGGUCACCCAACGUCUCGACUUCCGUUUCCCCAAGACCAUGCAUCGCUCGGCGCGUCCGGCACGCCCAUCACACCGUCCAAUGUGAUCACCGCUUUGGGCGACUUGGCGUCCCUUCUCGCAGAUGGCCGGCAGCGCCACCGUCCUGCGCCACGGGCGGAGGCGCAACCCUGGUGGGUGGUAUGGUGGAGAGACAUGGCAUACCGCAUCGCAGCAUGCCGAGCUACCGAGCUGCAGCGGUACGGUGGCGUCGAGCUCGUCAGACACCGCCAGCACUCGCUCCAGACCAGCCUGCACAGCCUCAGUGACAGGGAUCCAGGAGUGAUUUUGGGCCGCGACCUGACUGAUGGCCAUCCAUUCAUUCAUAUCACAGCGCUUCACAUGGCCUCGCAGAUGUCCAACACCUGGUGUCCGGUUCUCACGAUAGCGUAA